AUGCUCAAGUCACUCUUGCUCUCGUGUCUCCUGGUGGAGGCGACAGUCGCCCAAAGAUUCACACGGCGUCCAACCCCCACACCUGUUGCCCCGCCGUCAGCAGUCCAGUCACUCUACGGUCAAUGCGGCGGGCAGACGUACACAGGGCCGACGCAAUGUCCGCCCGGGGCAUACUGCAAGUUUGACGGAAACAUCUGGUACUCGCAGUGUGUUUCCAUCGAAGAGGACGACGGGGGCCAGCCGACAGCCACCAUCCGGACCUUGACCACCGUCACCGCCGGCCCAACCGUCGUGACCACCUUCAUUACGUAUCUAACCCCCAAGACGACUACGACAAAGUCGCCGCAGGUUAUUACCAUCACCGUAGUGCCAGACGAUCCGUGUGAGCAUGAGUAUCUGUGUUAGGGCGUUGUGGGUAUAUCGGAUCGGAUCAAGGGGGAUCAGUCUAAUGCUAGUAAUGUCACUAUCUGCUUUUGAAUUGAAACUGUCUUGACAACCGUUUUGGUGAUGUCAACAUGGUCUCAGACAGCAUGCACCCCACGCCCCUUGAAUAACAUCAGCAGUGUUAACAGAGACUAGAUGUGUUCUUUAGAACCUUGGGGCCUGUUUAUCGUUGUUGAGAUGUUUUAGUAUCGCCAAACCCACCGAGUUUCUUCCCGAGUCAACGGAGAGAAUACCGUAGUGGGAAAAUGUGGGGGGCCACAGCGGUUAUUAGCGUUGGGACAACAUCAAUAAGCAUU